UGUGGCCCCCUGUUCGUUUCCGGACUCGGUGAACCUGACAGCCGCCUUCACCCAGGACCAAAGACCGCUGAGGGUUGCAGUGAUGUCGGCAGCUGCCCAGGGGACCAGCAGGGCUUCCCACAGCGAUGUGGCCUCGAAGAAAAAAAAGGGACCCGGAGCCCUGGCCACGGCCUACCUGGUCAUUUACAACGUUGUUAUGACAGCAGGGUGGCUGGUGAUAGCCGUGGGUCUGGUUCGAGCUUACCUGGCCAGAGGAAGCUACCAUGGGCUGUACUACUCCAUAGAGAAGCCUCUGAAGUUCUUUCAGACUGGAGCUCUACUGGAGAUACUGCACUGUGCUGUAGGAAUCGUACCGUCCUCCGUGGUCCUCACCGGAUUCCAGGUCAUGUCCCGAGUCUUCCUCACCUGGGCCGUCACACACAGCGUCAGGGAGGUCCAGAGUGAGGACAGUGUGCUGCUGUUCGUCACAGCCUGGACCGUCACAGAGAUCAUCCGCUACUCCUUCUACACCUUCAGUCUGCUCAAUCACCUUCCAUACCUCAUCAAAUGGGCACGGUACACCUUUUUCUUCGUGCUGUACCCCAUGGGAGUGACCGGGGAACUGCUGACUAUCUAUGCAGCGCUACCGACCGUGCAGAAGACGGGCCUGUACUCCGUCACCCUCCCCAACAAGUACAACUUCUCCUUCGACUACUACAGCUUCCUCAUCCUCGUCAUGAUCUCUUACAUUCCCCUCUUUCCCCAGCUCUACUUCCACAUGAUACGACAGAGGAAGAAGGUGCUGGGCCACAUAGAGGACUACAGCAAAGUGGAGUGAGUCCAGCGGCGUUCACAAAGAUCCAGACGAACAAGAGGAAACCAAAACAUCCACCGAACGAGGAACAAAAAUCACAAAACGCAAAACCAGACCAGUUCUAAAAGUGCCAGAACUGCCCUGACAAUACAGUAUAAGAUGUUUUUUUUGUUUUUACAGCCGUUGUGUUUAGACGAUUCCAAAAACCACAAAUGAACUGGUGUUUUUGUUGUUAUUUAUUUAUGGACGAACAACAGGUAUUUUUUUUGUUUAGUUUGAGAGCUCACAGCUUUAAAGAAACUGUAUUUUGACUUGGGUACGGUUGAGCUGCCAGCAGAGCACCACUAGAGUUGAAAACCUCCUUUUAAAUGACACUACAGAAAAAGGAUAGAAUACAUUUCUCGCCUCCCUGUGACUCAUCCCUCGGUCUCUUUUAAGAAGCUGUGAUGUAGAGAGAGUAAUGUGAAAUCUAGCACUGAAAGGUUUGUGUUUGUUUUCCAGUUUUUGUGUUCUUCGAUUUUACUUUAUUCCAAGGUCUGAUUACAUUCCUCAUUUAAUUCAAUAAAUCUUUUUUUUUUUCCAUUUCA